UUUCCCUCAUGCUCAAUCCCCUAUCCUCUACAUCUCUCUGUCUCUCUCUCUCUCUCUCUCUUCGAACCUUUUCUAUUCUAAUCCAUAAGCUUCAAAUCCUCUGUUUUUGCUCUGCUUCUCUCUCACUCUCUCUUUUUCCUACUAAACAACAACCUUCUAUCACCCACAAGUCCUUUUCCUUUGAUUUUCCAUCAAAGACACUCAGUUUCUGUUUUCCUUUUUCCUAGUCGGAGAAGUCCAGACAACCCUUUUUUUCCUUAGCCAUUUUUGUGUAACAUUUUCUAUAUACAGGGGAAAGAAUUAUGGCAACCAUUGUAUGCCAAGGUUUACAACCAUGUCUAGAAUCUCAUAUUGUAGAACCAAGAACACUGAGGCUCAAACUUUCUUCUUCAUCAUCUAUACCUCAAUUCCCACAAACCCAUGAAUUAUCAGCCAUGAAAUCCUGUUUUAUGGAUUCAAAUACAAGAGAAUUUGCAGAGAAGAAGCAGAUCAUCAUGAAUCAUCAUCAUCAUCAUCUUCAAGAUAACAACAAUCAAAACUCCAAGAACUCUGAUUUGGGUGGUGGUUGGAGUUUCCUCCAGGCUCUUUCUCACCAAGUUGUUCCAAAGGUGGACAAGGAAACCAUUUAUGUUCACCCUCUUGUCAAACGCUCAUCUUCCACUCUGAGUGAGAAAAGCUUGGAGCUCUGCACUGAAAAUUUGGGAAACGAAACGGGCACCGACAUGAUCGAAAGCAACAUUUUCUCGGAGAAGGAAUUGUCUGUGGACUGUUUUUCAACGGUUGUUGGGAAUGAUUAUUUGCCGCAAAAGGAGGAACAGAGUUGCAAGGAGGAGAAGCAGAGUCAGCCUUUUGUUGCUAAGAAAGCAACAGAUCGAAGUUUCCCACCUCCUUUGACAACGAUAAGAGGCAGAGAUUCUCUACAAGUUAGGCCCCAGAGAGAGAAUGGAAGGCUAAUAAUUAAGGCAGUUAAAGCUCCAUUAAAGCAGAGUUGCUUUCAAGCUGAAAGAAGCAAUGGCCGCCUUCGACUGUGCUUGUUGGAAAAUUUUGCUCAUGGUUUUGACUCGGAAUUUGAAAGAGCUACUAUUAAUGGAGAAGAAAUAUUUAGUGAAAAUGAAAUAGAAGAAGACGACGAAAAUGACAGCAAAGAAGAAGAGGAAGAAGGAGAAGAAGAAGAUGAUGGGGAACAAGUAGGUGAAGAAAAAAGAGAUGAAGUCGAAGUUGGAUUGGAAAAGGAGAUGGAUGGUAAUUAUGUAAAAGCUGGGGGUGAAACUGGAAUAAUGGAGAAAUAUGGGAGGCCAAGCUGCAGAUGCAAAGAAGGAAGUGAACAAGAGAAUAAAACAGUAGUAUUAAAUUGGGAGCCUUUGUUGGUUACUUCUUAAAAAAAAAAAAAAAAAAAAAAAAAAAAAAAAAAAAAGCUUAAUUUUGGAACGUUACUAAUUCUCUAUAAUCAUUUAAAAAAAAAAUAUUCCACAAUUUUAUGUUUUGUCUUUCUCUCUUUUUGUUCUCUUUUUCACUUCCAUGAAUUCUCUCUUAGCUUCUUUCCUUGGGAAAAUAGAAUAUGCUUGUGGUUGGCAGUUA